AUGUAUCGAACACUCCUCAUCAUCCUCACUUUAUACUUCUCGACCCUAGUAGCCGCCGGCCGCAAAGACCCAUCAAAAACACCGAUCGAAGACUCCAAGCAAGAAAGACACAACAUCAACGACAAAUGCCACGGCCUCUUCAUCAAUGGCGAAAGACCCGCAAUCGCGGGCGAGGGCGUGCAGCGCCCUCUCAACGCAGACGGCACAAAAAAGCCCUAUCCCAUACGACCUCCCAGCAGACCGCAGGCCAUCUGGGGCUCAUGUGACCGUCGCAUCCGAAGCUAUAGGAUGUCGAAGCUGGACCUGGACCUCUGUCUGGGAUGGAACCCGGAUACCGAAAAGCUCUACCCCAAGUCUCGUGGAAACGGGAUCAAGGAGGGCAACUGCUCGGCUUGCUACUACGCGAAGCCUGACCUUCACUGUGUGUGCGAUGUCAAGAAGACGGACGAUGAUAGGAUAUCUAUUAAUAUGGAUGGGUUGGUGCAGGUUACUCAUGAUGGUUUUCUGGCUUGCUUUGAACAUCUUGGAACACAGGUCUCAAUGGAUCAAUUCAUUCAUGGAUAA